CAAAAGAUUCAUUAGUAAACACUCAAGAGAAACAAGGUGAUCAAGCCAACAAAAAGCGACGUUAUCUAGAAUUAAAUGAAGGAGAUUUAUUAUUAUUGAAUUUGACAAAUAUAAUUUCACAAAAAAGUACAAAAAGAGCAUCAAAGAAACUUAUUGCAAAACUCAUAGGAACCUUCAAAAUCUUUAAAGAUGAAGUAAGAAAAGAACCCCCAGAAAUUGCAACCGAAGAUCCAGAAGAACACAAAGUCGAAGCCAUACUAGACAAGAGAAUAUACUACUGUCACCUACAGUACUUAGUAAAAUGGAAAGGUCACUCGCUAUACGAUGCUACUUGGGAACUCUUAACUAAUCUUGAAAAUUACAAAGACUUGGUAAAAGAGUUCAAAAAAACCGGUGAAACUGUUUUAAAUAGGGGAGAGU